AUGUCUGAUUAUGGCAUUCCCGAUGGCUACAGAAGAAUGGACACCUUCCCUAUUCAUACUUACGAACUUUCUAGUAAGCAUGGAGAGAAAUAUUACGUGCGGUUCAACUUCAGAACUGAGUUGGGUUUCUCAUACCUAACAACUGCCGAAGCAGCUACUAUUCAAGCUCAAGACUUAGAUUACUUUACUCGAGAUUUGUACAAUGCUAUCGAUUCAAGAAAUUAUCCUUCAUGGAAACUAGAGAUGGAUGUAUUGUCAGUACAUGAUUUAGAAAAAGUUGAUUAUAAUCCUUUUGAUGUUACAAGACUGUGGAAGAAUGGUACAUUCUACACGGUGCCAAUAGGGCGGUUAGUAUUAAAUCGAAAUGCUGAAAAUCACUUCAGGGAUGUCGAACAAGCAGCAUUUAAUCCUGCUAAUUUAGUGCCUGGUAUUCCUGGACCAGUAGAUUAUUUAUUCCGUGUCAAAAGACUAGCCUACAAGGACUCACAAAAUUAUCGUCUGGGAAGAAACCAUGACAAAAUUUUAGUAAACAUGCCAUUAUACGCGAAGACGUAUGUACGAGAUGGUAGGCCACCAACUGGCCUUAACAUGAAGAACGCUCCCAACUAUUUUCCUAAUUCAUUCAAUGGACCAGUUCCAUAUGUGGAUGAACACAGGCCAUGGAAGAAAUUAAAAGUAUUAGAAAGUAAUUCUGUUGAUUUGGAACCAGCAUGGUAUUUCUACAAUCAUAUUUUGGAAGAUGAAGCUCACAGGCAGAGGUUUAUAGAUAAUAUUGUUUUGACUCUUGUACCAGUCACUCCGCCGGUUGUUCAGAGAGUUAUGAAACUCUUACACUUGAUCGAUCAGGGUUUGAGUGAGCGAGUCAAGGCUGGUUAUGAAGUAGCUCUUGCUGCCCAGCAAGCAGCAGCUAAUACCACCCCUUAUGAAACUAUGUCUUUCCGAAGAGUUCCAUCUGCGGAAGGACAUCCCACACAUGAACCGCAGCAAUAUUCAAUGAAUCCAAAAAAAUGAGUAAUGUUAUGUAAUAGA